AUGAUGCGCUUCAGAGCAAGUGUAAAGUUAUUGAAUAGGUUUGUUAGUGAUUACACAAGCACAAAAUACCUUUCGGAAGAAACUGAACUUCUAUGCAAAAUAGUUGCCAAUUCAACUUUAGGAAAUUAUAAGAAAUUAGAAAAUGAUUGGAAAUUAAUUCAACAACAUCCAACAAAGAGCAGAAUGUUAUCCAUGAUGGCCAUAGAAUUAAUUUCAAUGAAUUUUUGUUUUGUUGGAUUUCCAAAAGUUUUAAAUUCCUUGUCAACUUUAAAAUCCAUCUCUACUAAAUCACAUGACAAUCAAAAGCCAUUUUUUACCGAAGAUGAAUGGCUUGAAUUGACUAAAUUAUCGGAUUCUGAUUCUUUCCAUCAAGAUAGAAUUAAGAGACAACAUUUAGGAGAACAAACAAUGAAGAAAAUUUAUGGAGAAUCAAAUUAUUCAAAGUUAGCUGCAAAGUUUAAAACACUUCAUCCAUUAGUCAACCAAAAUAUUCACAUGAAUGCUUAUGGAAUGGUAUUACAAGAUAGAAGUCAUGUUUUUCUUGCAAUGAGAGAGCUUUCCUCGGUUGUGAGUUUGUGUUAUUUUGUAGAUACAUGUGGCCCUCAAUUAGUUGCUCAUAUGAAAGGUUUUACCAGAGUGUACGAUGAAAAGGAAUUAGGAUAUUCCAUCCCACUAAUGAAUCCUCAUGUUAUUGAAACAGAAAGUCGUGCCAAGUUGUGUUUGAAAGGAGUUUUCGAAUUGACCAGUGAAAUGUAUGGCCUUAAAGAACCUUUGAAUGAAAUGUGGCAAUCUCUAGAAACCUCAAAUAAGAAAUAUACUCUCUAG